AUGACAUCCCUAGAAGCAGAAGCUACAGAUCCUCCCAGAAACGAUAAUGAUAACAAUACCGAUAUAGUGCUACGAUCGCAUUCUGAAAACACCAGUAACGUAAACUCUACGCCAAACGGAAAUGAUACGCCAACAGAAACACAACAACAUAAUCGUCUUUAUGAAACAUUCUUUUUUUGGAAUAGCCUGACUACAAAUAUAGAAGAACAAAGAGAAUUAUCGAUUGCACAAGAAUCAACAGAGACACCACAGCUACAGCCAGAGCAAAUAUCAGAGGAGUCUACCCAGGAAUUAGAAGUUAGUAAUAACCAGCAACAACUGGAGAACACAACAACAUGGUGGAAUUUCUCAUCGUAUAGCAUGGUAUCGUAUUUCAAACCAACACAAACUAUUUCUGAUGAAGAAACGCCGUUGUUGAUGGCACCAUCCACAUCUCAAACCACAAGUACCAAAGAAGAUUCGAACCACACAAUACCUCAAACUUCAUGGUGGGAUUGGUUAGUAGGAUCAACAACACCAACAGACAAUGGUGAAGACGAUGAAGAUGAAUCGCAUACUUCUAAUUUAGAAUUAUACAAACGUGCUAAACUAGCCAUAGAAACAUCGAAGGAAGAAAUUCAUUAUGUGUUCAAAAAAUCAAUCAGUAUCGAUAGUGAUAUUAGCAACAAAGUGGAAUUGAGUGUCUAUGGCACAUUAACAGAAGAAACCCCUGUCGAGUAUAAUUGCUCAAAACGUAAGAAUCCAUUAUCGCCUAAUGAAAUAUUAGAAAAUUUGACAAACAACAAAGAAUUCAAUAGUACUAGCAACAGGAAUAAUAUGCCCGGUAUUGAUGGGGUAUCACUGAAUCUGACAAUAAUCCCAUCUUUUGAUGACAAUUAUCGAGACAUCACCACCAUGACAAGAUUAAGAAUUUUGUUGAAAACAUAUAUUAUCUGUGAUGGAAUAACCGAUACAAUAAACCUUCCUAAUGAGAAUCAUUUAUAUAAAGAAAGCCAAAAACAUGUUUUGUACUUGAAAAAGAAGAAACUUAAAAAAAUUACCAUUAUUGGGGUGCAUUCAUUUUUGCCCAAUAAAUUAGUACGAUCAUUAAUGGGGAACAGAUCCAGUGGUAAUUCCAAUACGUUUGUGGAAACAGCAACCCUGUCAGUUUUGUCUUGGUUAAAGGAAAAUGACAACAACGACAACAACGACAUUGACAUAAACGAUUAUGACAUAGAAACCCUAUCAGUGGAGGGACAAGGGAAAAUAAAUGAACGUGUGGAAAAAUCAUAUCAAUUAAUCAUCAAAAAUUGGAGCCAUAUUUUAGAGUCAAGUCAAUUUAUAUUUUUUGUCAGUCAUGGUAUUGGUUCAGUUGUCGCCAUCAAUUUAUUUUCGAAAUUAUUGACCGAGCAUGAUAGUGGGAUUACCAGCAGGAACAAGUUUCUUGGAGCUUUAUGCAUGAAUGGUGGGUUCUUGGGCCCGUUCAAAGGAUUAAACUCAAGAUUGAUCAUUAGAGCAUUCACAUCGAUUGAAAAUGAAAUAAUCAAUGAAGUAUUCCAGUAUCAAAACACUAAAAGUAAGUUAUCCAUGCAACUAAAUAAUGCAAUGGACAACUUGAUUGAGAACAAUGUUAAGAUUGUUUUUAGUGGGGUGAUCAAUGAUCCAUUUAUUCCCUUGUUCUCAUCCUUGGCUCUACAGUUCAGUCACCCUAAUAUAACAAGAAACAUUUAUUAUAAUGACAACAACAAUAAUAACAUUUACAAUAUAAGCAAUUGUGAAGUGGUUCCAUUUGUUUCUCAAUUAUUGAAAAUUAUUUGUUUGAUGAAGAAUCUUGGUUAUGAUCAAGACUAUGACUUGGUUAGAGAUUUGAGUGAUAAAUUUGAUUUCUUGACGAGCACCGAUAUGGGAUAUAGUAUUAGUGGGGCUUCGGCUAAUACGACAGCACCCUUUACUGGGUUUGAGAAUUACACUGGGGCAACAAAUAACUCAAACACGAAAUGCAAUAGCACUAUAUUUAAUGAUGAAAAGCUUUACAAGGAAGCAAUUAGAUUUUCAUUAGAAACGACUGAUCUCAUUGGUAAGCAACGAGAUUUGGUAAUUACUGAUUAUAAUAUGAUUGAAGGUAGUUCCAAUGAAGGUAAUUCAAAUUUCUAUAAUAUGUUGCCAUGGAAUAUGAGAAGCUUAUUGAACGACUUUAUUCAAGUCAAACACAUCAAGAGUUAUCAAUUGAUUGAACAAUUAAUCAGUCAGUUCAAUAACGAAUGGGAUCCUACUAGUAAAACCUGGAAAGAUAUCAAGUAUUGCUUAGGUGGUCUAGAAGACUUUCAUGUUGAUGAAUUGAUCUAA